AUGACCACCAUCCAAAUGAUCAUGAUAAAUAAUAGAUUUCAGACACCAAUGGGAGUUCAGUUAUUGUUUAAAAUCAUUAUAUAUAAACCUCUAAUCUCUCAAGAAAUUCAAGCUUAUAGGUAUUACUUGCUUAAAUUUCUCAUGAUAAUUUUGAAUUUCAAACCAACUUCUAACAAAAACUAUUAUACAUUUGCAAGAAAACUCAGAAAUAAUUCACUUAUCCAGAGGAUGACUAUAAAGUUAACCAUAAGAACAUUUUUGAUUUAUAUUAUUAGAAGACGAUCAAAUAUGAUCUAAAUUUUAGAUAUAUAGCACCUCUUUAGCUUUGUAAAUAUAUAGCUAAAAGAUGUAUUGAAACUGAUUAUAUGCUCGAAAUUAACUCAUAAUUUAAUCAGCAUUCAAUAUAAUUUGCCAUCGCCGGAAUAUUUGUUACUUCUAUUGAAGCAAACACUAAAAAUGCGACUUUGGGUUACCAGAAUGUUGUUUAAUAUGAUUUAUAAAAUAAAAUUGAGAUCAUAAAUGGAGAAUUCACAUAAUUAGGAGGAACAUUUGAGUCAAAUGAUGGUAUCUUUAUAAAUCUAUGCAACUAUGAGAAAGUUAAAUAGGGGGAUCAUUUUACAAAAACUAUUUAGAAGUGUUUCGCUAGUAAUCCUAAUAUUAUUAUUAUCACAAAUCAAAAAAAGACAAAUUUUUUUAUAUAAUGCAAUAAAUGACUUUGUUUAUUUUGAAAGGCAAAAGAUCAUAAUAAAUGAUGUGCACAUUUUCACUAUUUAUUAUUUUGGAAAAUAUUGCAAUAUUCAAUAAUAAGAAUUAAUUGAAGAAAUCUAGAAGAUAUUUCCUUAUAAUACUAAUUAAUAGUAUGAUUUCAGUGCAUCAAUGAGAAAUAUUUUGAUUGAAUUGUUUUAAACUGUUAAUUGUUCGAAAAUACUCUCUGUACUUUUAAUAACCUUAAAUUAAAUUAAUGAUAAAUCAGAAAUAUUUAAUGUCUUUCUAAAGGAACUUGAAAAAUAAAAGAUUUUUUCUUAAGAGAGAUUAAAGCAAGGAGCUACUUCACCCAGUACAAUUAAAUAUCACAAUCAUCCAAGUUCAGUGAAUAGAAUUAUUCAAGGUAAAUAAAUAUAGCAUCUAUUAAUAGAAGCUUCGUAAUCAUAGUCUUAAAGUUAAGCAUCGUUUAAUAUUUUGCUACCUUCUUAGUUAAGAAAUUCAGGAUAUAGUUCAUACGAAUAGCAAGCCUAAUCAGCAAAAUUUUAGGAUGAAUGA